CCCUGUGCGGCAGCCAGGGGCCCGCCAGGCCGGGGCGCCGGGACGGAAGGAAAAUGACGGAGAGGAAUAACCGGAGGCGGAUGAUGAAGAAGGACGAUGAGGCCUACGAAAUCUCCAUCCCCUUCGAGGAGACGCCCCACCUAGAGCCCCAGAUCUUCUACAGCCUCAGCCCCCCCCAAAGCAACUUCGAAGAGCUGCCGGAGCCGCCCCCGCCCGCCCUGGCGCUGAUGAGCAGCAUGAAGACCCAGCUGCACAUGGCCCUGGAGCGCAACUCCUGGCUGCAGAAGCGCAUCGAGGACCUGGAGGAGGAGCGGGACUUUCUGCGCUGCCAGCUUGACAAGUUCAUCUCCUCCGCCAAGGUGGACGCCGAAGAUCACUGCCGCAGCAAGCAGCCCCCGCGGCGGGCGGAGGCGGCCGAGAGCCGGCCCGGCGAGGCCACGGACAACGAAAGCCUGGCGUCCUCGCUCAGCGCCGCCUCGGAGCAGGGCGGCUCCGCCGAGCGCAAGAAGCAGAAGCAGAAGGGGGGGGUGAGCCGGCGGCGCUUCGGCAAGCCCAAGGCCCGCGAGCGCCAGCGAGUCAAGGACGCCGACGGGGUGCUGUGCCGCUACAAGAAGAUCCUCAACACCUUCCAGAAGCUGAAGAGCAUGAGCCGGGCCUUCGAGCACCACCGGGUGGAUCGCAACACGGUGGCUCUGACCACGCCCAUCGCCGAGCUGCUCAUUGUGGCGCCCGAGAAGCUGGCUGAGGUGGGCGAGUUCGACCCAUCCAAGGAGCGGCUGCUGGAGUACUCGCGCCGCUGCUUCCUGGCGCUGGAUGACGAGACCCUCAAGAAGGUGCAGGCCCUCAAGAAGAGCAAGCUGCUGCUGCCCAUCACCUACCGCUUCAAGCGGUGAUGGGGCCCCCUGCUGCCCCCCCACCCCG